CCGAGACGCUAUGGCUGGCGCGGCGGGGCGGCUGGCGCGGCGCUGGAGUUGGGGCGCGUUGCGCAGCUGGACCUUGUUUCUGCUCUGUUGCUGCCUGGCUGGUUUAACAUCCUGUGGGAGCAGGGGCUAUUCUGCUCAGCCCAACUUCAAGGCGUCCACAGCAGUCCUGUGCAGGUCACCUGUUCCCAGGCAUUCCCGCUGCACAUGAGUGGAACAGCAAUGAGAGCCAGUCAGGUGGACUUUGAAAAUGCAAUGAAUCAGGUGAAGCUUUUAAAGAAAGAUCCAGGAAAUGAAGUGAAGCUAAAACUCUAUGCACUCUAUAAGCAGGCCAUGGAAGGCCCUUGUAAUGCGCCCAAGCCUGGUGUGUUCGACUUUGUCAAUAAGGCCAAAUGGGAUGCAUGGAAUGGCCUUGGCAGCCUGCCCAAGGAAACUGCCAGGCAGAACUAUGUGGAUUUGGUGUCCAGUUUGAGCUCAUCUGAGUCCUCUAGCCAGGUAAAACCUGGCGCGGAGAGUAAGCAAGGGGCAUAUGAAUUCCUGGUGGUAACCUCUGAGGACGGCAUCACGAAGAUAAUGUUGAACCGGCCGGCCAAGAAGAACGCUAUCAGCACCAAGAUGUAUCAGGAAAUUAUGCUUGCACUUCAGGCCGCUGGCAAGGAUGACUCAGCCUUAACCGUGUUAACAGGAAAUGGUGAUUAUUACAGUAGUGGAAAUGAUCUGAGUAAUUUCACCGACAUUCCCCCUGGUGGAGUAGAACAGAAAGCUAAAGAUAGUGCCAUUUUACUGAGGGACUUUGUAAGCUGCUUUAUAGAUUUUCCUAAGCCUCUGAUUGCCGUGGUCAAUGGGCCAGCAGUGGGAAUCUCCGUCACUCUUCUUGGGUUAUUUGAUAUUGUGUAUGCAUCUGACAGGGUAAGUCAGCCCCCCCAAAAUUAUCAAGUUGUGCAAGUGAAAGUGAGAUCUUUUGAGUUCUCCUUUGCAAUUCUUUGUUUCCUUUACUACUGUAAAUGGAUUACCUAUGGCUUAUGUUACAAUGGGUAAAUUUAAAUUUUUCCC